CUUUCAGCUUUCAAAACCCUAGACUACAUUCCUCUCCAUUGAUCGACUUUCUCUCUCGUUUUUCGCGAUUGCGUGCAAUUCAAGUCUAUUUCCGCACCUCCUAACAAGAUUUUGGAUUCCAGUUCAAAUCAAUGGGUGCCCCGCGAAGGAUUAGCCCGAGACUCCAGAACAUUCCAGAAGAAAAAAGGCCUUAUUAUGGCCCUGACGGCAAAAGAACACACGGGAAGGAGGACGACUCCGUUGUUAUCACUAAAAAGCCUAGAUUAAACAUCUCUAAAAAACCAUGUUUGCCUAACAUAUCGAGGAAAAAAUCGAGGAUAAAAGAUAAAGGAGAUGAAACUGAUCUUGUAUCGGAUGUAAAUCCAAAUGCCGGUGGAGAGACAAGGAUCGUCGAUGCAAAAGACGAAGAAAAAUGGCCGAUUAUCAGCACUUCUAGGAUGGAUGAACAAGGAAUCAACUACAGUAAAAGGGUGAAAGAGACAUUGAGAAUCUUCAAUGGACAUUACCUUCACUUCGUUAAGAUAGAAGAGGAGAGAAGCAAGGAGGCAAAGAACCGGGCAGGUGACGACAACGUUAAGAAGCCUUCCAAGCGACCUGAUUUGAAAGCAAUGAAAAAGGUCUGUGGUGUUUACCACGAGUGUUCUGGUAGCUAA